GGUAUCUUGGAUCCAUCUUCUUCGGCAAAGUUGGACGUGGUUGCACACGUGAAGGGUGUGGAGUUGUUUGGCCUCAAAGUCAAAGCCCCAUUGUCUAUGUAUACAGAGGGAGUCUACACUCUUCCCAUGCUUUCCAUCAAGUCUACCAAGGGAACGGGAGUGGUCACCAGUGUUCCAAGUGAUUCCCCAGAUGACUGGGCAGCCUUACGGGAUAUCAAAAAGAAGCCGGCUUUACGAGAAAAAUAUAACAUUACAGAUGACAUGGUGAUGCCCUACGAACCGGUGGAAAUCAUCGAAACACCUGGCUUGGGGAAACUAGCCGCUGUAACAGUGGUGGAUCAGAUGAAAAUUCAAAGUCAGAACGACACGGAUAAAUUGCUUGAAGCAAAAGAAAAAGUUUACAAAGCCGGAUUCUAUGAUGGAGUUCGUCGCAGUUUCGAAGCAACUUUGAAUUGGUUACAUGAACACGCCUGCUCACGCACCUACGGACUUGGCACGCAUUUGCCUUGGGAUGAAAAGUGGCUAAUUGAGUCACUUUCGGAUUCCACCAUUUACAUGGCUUACUACACUGUGGCGCAUAUUCUUCAACAAGGUUGUCUUCGUGGUGACAAGCCGGGUCCGUUCGGGAUAAACCCGGAACACAUGACUCCAGAAGUAUGGGAUUUCAUAUUUCUUGGCGAGGGUGAUCCAAGCAAAAUUAUUGAGCAACAACACAAGUCCACAUUAACUGUGGAUCUGUUGAAACGUCUUCGUCGUGAAUUUCUCUUCUGGUAUCCAGUAGAUCUACGUUCUAGUGGCAAAGAUUUGAUACCAAAUCAUCUCACGUACUACUUGUACAACCAUACUGCGAUUUGGCCCAAUCAACCGGAACUCUGGCCCCGUUCCGUUCUAGCCAACGGUCACCUAUUGUUGAAUUCGAGCAAGACUGUGGGAUAUUGA